AUGUCUUUGGAGCCGCCGGACACCAACGUAGCUCCAAAGUACGUUAUCUCUUGCGCAGUUUUAGCUGCUGUUGCUUUUGGUCUUUGCGCUGCACGCAUCUAUACCCGUGCUUUCCCUGUAUCUCGGCUUGGCAUAGAUGAUUAUCUGAUUGGGAUAGCAGAGAUCUUGUCUCUUGCUGGGUAUUGUGCUGCCGCUGCAGCAGCUGGCCAUGGCUGGGGACACUUGAGUAUCUAUGUCUCCGCUCACAACCAAAUGAUUGCAUACAAAUGUCUAUUUAUCCUUCAGCUUCUUUGGAUUAUCGCCCUGCCGUUGGUCCGAAUCUCCAUUGCAUUAUCUCUCCUUCGAUUCAGCAAUGCUAGGUCAUGGAGAUGGACGUUGUGGGCUUUAAUCUCCGUACAGGUGGUGAUUACUACUGGCUGGCUUGUCGUAUUAUUCUUUAGCUGUCGCCCAUUACGUUCAAACUGGGAAACUGUAGCAGAUGUGGUCUGUUGGGACAGAAAGUACACAAUUGUCUAUGGAUGGGUUUCUGCAGCACUCCUUGUUCUCAUAGACCUCACCCUCGCCCUUAUGCCUAUCAAGCUUAUUCGAACACUAAAUCGCCCAUUUCGAGAGAAAGUCCUCGUGUCAUGUCUCAUGAUGACUGGUCUCCUUGCCACAAUCAUCGCUUGCAUCAAGAUGACCACAUUCAAAAUCGUCGACCUAGGCGAUCCCCUUCAAGCCACCGUCGAAGGCUCCUUGUGGGCCAAAUUGGAGGAACUUGUAGGCAUCAUUGCUGCUUGUCUGCCAUGCUUGAAGUCUCCUGCGGAGAGGCUCCUCCGUCGACUCGGGAUCCUCUCCGAUCGAUAUCUGCCAAAUAUACCAAGACCGAGCUUUGUGGUCUCCUUCAGCGGACCAAUGUUUCCUCUGACCCCUGUUAGGGAAGAGAUGAAUCGUGAUAUCGAAGCCAGCGAUUCGAAUCUAGUUGGAUCUCAAGCUACACGGUGGAAAAGUGGAACUUCAACUUCAGCCAGAACAUUAACAGCGAAUACCGAGCCGCAUGAGAACAAGGCCUGA